ACGGAAUCAUUUCUUUUUCCUUGUCACUGGGUUGCUGUUGUACACUCUUAGUUAAUAAGGAUUGGGUUGGUAGCAUACAAGUGAGAUGGCAUUUAAGGUGUUAGGCCGAAUAAAUCUGCAUGCACUUUCCCUCCGCCCGCACAUGCUGGAUGAGGCGUUCUGUUACGGCCCCUUCAACCGUAGCAUGCAGAGGAGGUGGAAGAAGCCAGUGGAUUCCGCACGGACUCGUCUGGAGGGCAGAACGAGAGACCAUAGGCUGGACAAGCUGAUGAUUCAGCUCAGGAACUUGAGGCAGGCUUUGGAUUUGCACGAGGUGAUAUCUCAGCAGAGGAACGGCUACGCAUCUCUGCAGCUCCUUUUGAGGUGGAGGCGUGAGAUUGGGUUGAACAUUGAGAUCGGUGCUUUCCUCAAGAAAUACCCCCAUAUUUUCGAUAUUUAUGUGCACCCCGUCAAAAGGAACCAUUGUUGUAGGAUCACCCGAAAGAUGGCUGAUUUGGUCGCAGAAGAAGAUGCUGUCGUCAGGGAGAACGAGCCCGCAAUAGUUCAGCGGCUGAAGAAACUUCUCAUGAUGUCUACGAAUGGAACUCUGAAUAUGCAUGCGAUCUGGCUCAUCAGGAAGGAGCUCGGUCUGCCCGAUGACUACAGGUCUUCUAUACUGCCAAACCAUCAGUCUCAGUUUUCUCUUGAAAUCCCUGAUACUUUGACAUUGAUCUCUAGGGAUGAGAAUCUAGCUGUAGCUAAUGUCGAAAAAUGGAGGGAAAAGGAGUAUACAGAGAAAUGGCUAGCAGAAUAUGAGACAAAAUAUGCUUUUCCAAUUAACUUUCCUACUGGAUUCAAGAUUGAGAAAGGAUUUAGGGAAAAGCUUAAGAAUUGGCAGAGGCUUCCCUAUACCAAACCUUACGAGGAAAACGGUUUGCAUCCAAUCAGCAAUGCCGAGCGGCUUGAGAAACGCAUUGUUGGUAUUAUUCAUGAGCUUUUAAGCUCGACAGUAGAAAAGAUGAUUCCACUUGAGAGGCUGGCACACUUCAGGAGACCUUUCUCUAUGGAGGUAAAUAUGCGGGAACUUCUUCUUAAGUACCCUGGCAUUUUCUACAUUUCGACCAAAGGAGGCACACAAACAGUGGUUCUUAGGGAGAGUUACAGUAAAGGAUGUCUGGUUGAGCCUAACCCUGUUUAUAGUGUCCGAAGGAAAAUGCUAGAUCUCAUAUUGUCUGGAUGUCGUAACAUUGGUGAAACUGAAAAGGUAACUUGGCUCAUUGAGGAGAACAAUCAAGGAAGCAGUCAUGGGUUACAUAAUCACACAUGGCCAGUGGAUAGCAUGAAUUCCAUGUUGCAGUUUGAAAGUGACUCCUGUGGAGAAGAGGCAUCUUCUUGUGACUUGCGCGAAAGUAAGAUUCAGUGA